CUCGAGCCUGCAACCGAGGUAUGUGCCCUUGACCAGAAUCGAACCCAGGAUCCAUCAGUCCUCAGGCCGACGCUCUUCCCACUGGGCCAAAACAGCUAGGGCUGUGAAUGAUUUUUUUAUACUAAAAUUGAGAUGAGCUUAGUCUCUGGUGGAAGAAGCUGAGGGGGGCCUGAGCUCAGGUGCAGUGGGUACAAGCAAGGUGAUCUGUAUGAAAAGAAUGAAGUUCGCCAGCAGAGAGGAGGGAGCAUCCUGAAUUUAACAAAAAGUAUUGGGUUUCCUCAUCUGUAAGAUGGAAAUGAGCCUGUCUCGGUUAUUGUGAGGAUCCAGAUGACAUGAGUGUACUGCAGGUGGAGUUGCUCAAUAAAUAUACAUUGCCUUCUGCUACUACGAGGCGACCCCUGUGAAAGGGUCGUUCGACCCCCAAAGGGGUCGUGACCCACAGGUUGAGAACCGCUGUAUUAGAGGAUGACCCCUCUAACGAAGUGGCAGGAAGGCAGUGAGGAUGCAAGUGGAGCUGGUCAGAUGACAGCCAGCCCAGAUUCGGUGUCCUCCUAUCUGUGAAAAUGUCUGCCAGGACCCAGCUAGCGGCCAGAGCUUCCCUUAUUGAGCAAUUGCUGUCUGAAGGGAAAUUUGAGGAUCUUGGCAACCACCUGACGGAGCUGGAAACUCUGCACGUGACCAAGGAGCAUCUCCAGCAGACACAUGUGGUCAGGGCUGUGUACCGUGUCCUCAAAAACUGCCCCACCGUGGCUUUGAAGAAGAAGGCCAAGUGUCUCCUGUCGAAAUGGAAAGCUCUUUAUAAUGAUCCUUAUUUCAAACCAGGGGACAGCCCCAAAUUCUUCCCCAUGGGUGACAAGGACAAAAAUUCAGGACUUUCUUAUGACUCACGUCCAGAUGAGACAUUGGGGGGCUCCAGUUCUGAUCCUCUGCUAUCUUCCCAAGAUGCUAUAGCAAAAGCCGCUGAAAUGCUUAUGCCUGAAAACAGCCCAAAUGGAAUGGAACGUAAGGAAGAGGAUGUCAAGGGCGGCGACCCCAAAUCCACUGACAAGAGAUCAAGUGAGUUGCUACAUCCUGCAGUGCCCGUGAGAAUGAAAUGCACAGAGCUUCUUUAUGAAGCUUUAACUAGUUCUUCCACCAAUCAGCCCAAAGCAGAGUUGUGGCAAAGCUUUGCAAGAGAAAUUGAAGAGCACGUUUUUGCCCUGUAUUCAAAGAACCUCAAAAAAUAUAAAACUUGUAUCAGAAGCAAAGUUGCCAAUCUGAAGAACCCCCGAAAUUCUCACUUACAACGAAACUUGCUCUCUGGGACCAUGUCGCCAAGAGAAUUUGCUGAAAUGACGGUCAUGGAUAUGGCAAGCAAGGAGCUGAAAGAGUUGAGAGAUUCCUACACGGAAUCUGGCAUUCAGGAGCAUUGCCUUCCCCAAGUGAUGGAGGGCACCCAGACGGAGAAAAUAAAAUGCAGACACUGUGAAAAGUUCAAUUGCAAGGUCACUGUAAUUGACAGAGGAGCACUUUUCCUUCCAAGUUGGGUGCGGAAUUCAAACCCAGAUGAACAAAUGAUGACCUAUGUAAUCUGUAAUGAAUGUGGGCAACAGUGGUACCAUAGCAAUUGGGUGUGCUUGUAAUUGUAAAUAAAUGCUCUGGGCCUGGCACAUAUCUUAAAUGUAUAUAGAUUUUGUCAGGAAGUUAUCUUAGACUAAUAACUACGAUUAUGAGAAUCAGAAAAGAGUAAGAGAACAAACAAAAAUCACCUAAAUCUUGCCGUUCAGGAAAUCCCAGUCUAAAAUGCUGUGUAUCUAUUUUCAGCCUUUUCACUUGUGAUUGUUAAGUAAAAUUUGGUUGAGACUCUAUGUGACGUUUUUAAAUAACAGCUUUAUUCAAUUGGCUGGGCGUCCUCUUGUAUUCCUGUCAGGGCACUUGCCCGGGUUGCGGGCUCUGUCCCUGGUAGGGGGCAUGCAUGCAGGAAGCAGCCAAUUGAUGUUUCACUCUCACAUCGAUGUUUCUCUUUCCCUCUCCCUCUCCCUUCCCCUCUCUAAAAAUUAAUAAAAUUAGUUUUAAAAGUAAAAUAAGUAAAUGUUCUGGACAACAGAUAACUGGAGUGAAACCUUUUAUUUAUAUCACCCUUUUAUGCUUGUUUUUAAAAUCCGAUACAACCCUAAGAAGCCCAGUUGGUGUGGCUCAGUAGUUGAGUGUUGACCAGGAGGUCACAGUUGGAUUCCUAGUCAGGGCACAUGCCCGGGUUUUGGACU